UGAUGUUAAGAUCGCAUAAUUUAUUGAUUCUGGCAACUCGGCGUUUGGCUAUGGCAACGGUUGCAAGGAAAGGCUUGGUUCUUGGGUUCUACGAGGGUGAGGCAGAGGGCGAGGUGCACCUGACGAAGACUGCCAAACAGUUUCAGGAUGAGAAGAAAAAAUGUCUUCCUGACCUGCUGCAGAUAUCAGGGUUAGCAGCCAAGAAAGGCAAAUGUAAUUUGUUUGUCGGCCUGGAUGCAGAGUACAACAACGUUGUCCUCACCAGCCUCGGAAAGAAGGGUGUCGGUGUCAAUGAGCUGGAAGAGAUUGACGAGGGCAAAGAUAAUGUCAGGACUGGCGUUGCUGCUGGUGUCAAAUUGCUACAUGAUGCUGGCGUCAAAACAAUCUCUGUUGAUCCAUGCAAUGAGCCUGAAGCUGCAGCGGAGGGUGCCUUCCUAUCUGUGUGGGCGUACGACGAAUUGAAGGCGGCCGACAAACGAAAACCCCCCCCUGAGUUGAGCCUGGCUGCUGGAAACAAUGAUGUAUCACAAUGUUGGGAAAGGGGUAAAAUUUUGGCUGAAGGCCAAAACUUGGCCCGCUACCUAAUGGAGGGUCCUGCCAACAAGAUAACCCCCACUGCAUUUGCUAAGAUCGCCGUUGAAAAGUUGGGCUCGCUUGCUAAUGUAACCGUCACUCCAAGAGACAAGGCCUGGGCACAGUCGAUGAAGAUGGGAGCGUUCCUGAGUGUGGCUCAGGGCAGCCACGAGCCCCCGGUGUUCCUCGAGGUGAAGUACCAGGGUGCGGCUGAUGCCAGCACGGCACCACUCAUAUUUGUUGGCAAGGGUAUCACAUUUGAUAGUGGCGGCAUAUCUAUCAAGCCCUCCGAGAACAUGGACUACAUGAGAGCGGAUAUGGGAGGAGCUGCUUGCGCGUUGAGCGCCAUCUACACGGCUGCCAAACUCAAGCUGCCCAUCAAUCUCGUUGGUUUGAUGCCUCUGACUGAAAACAUGCCUGGAGGCAGUGCCACGAAACCUGGUGAUGUUCACACCGCAAUGAAUGGAAAGACUAUUCAGAUUGAUAACACGGAUGCAGAGGGGAGACUGGUACUCAGUGAUGCACUCUGCUACGCUGAUACAUUCAACCCGUGUGCUGUUGUAGAUCUGGCUACUUUAACUGGUGGGUUGGUUGGUUGGCUAGUCGGUUGGUUGGUUGUCUUGUGGUUGGUUAGUCGGUUGGUUGUCUUGUGGUUGGUUAGUCGGUUGGCUGGUUGGCUUGUUAGUUAG